UUUUUCACACAAUCAUCACUCUAUCAUCAUGUCCGUCUUAUUCUCUCUCUACUAUUUCUGCUACCCAAGAUCGAUCUCUCUCUCUCCAACACGAAAAUCGAGGGAGGAACCUUAACGAAUAAAACAAACCAGCAAUUACGGAUUCCAAAAAAAUCUAGGGUUUCCAAAUUCCCUCUCCCGCUCUCUAUUGCAUUUCUUUCCCUUUUUUUCCCUCCCCUCCGAACGCUGUUUCCGGCUUCUUUUUCCCGGGAAGUUUCUAUAGUUCACGUUCGGUUACUGCUCGGUGGCUGAUCCCUUUAUUUUUAUUUUAUAAUUUUCCCAGAAAAUUUGAUUUCCCGGGAAAAUUGGCAGCUCUCAUUGGCAUCCCUCUGCUGCUAGCUAUACGAAGGGGAAAAAAGAAUGGAAGGGAAAAUUUUCUUCAUAACGAUCAGAGCUUUUAAAUUUCUUGGAUUAUUAAUUAUGGCUUGUCAUUUUUAUUAUUGGUGUUUUUUUGGUUAUAGAAUUUGACGCUUUGAGGGGAAAUAGGCUGAAAAUUGCUAGUAACGAAAGGAGGGGAUUGUAACUGAAGGAUUUGAAAGAAUUUCAAGAGAGAGAGUGGGGCGGAUCAUAAUUACUUGCCUGCCUUUUCUGUGAUCCGUUAUUGAAUUUGCUACAGUUUGAAUGCAUAUUGGUCUAUGGAUUCUAGUAUAUUUUCACCCCCAAGGGAUUUCGUAAAAUGUUGUAGUUGUGGAUGUAGUUGUUCAGCAAUUACUAGCUCAUCUGGGGAAUGGCUGCGGUCUGUGAAACGGAAGUAUGAUGAGUUUGAGGACAGAAGUCGGUUCUUUAUACCAGGGCUUGAUGUCUUCUCAAAUCCAAGAGUUGGAAUUGAGAAUGAAUGUGCUGCACUACGAGAAACUGUUAGUAGUCAGCAGCAGGCAAUUCAGGACUUGUAUGCAGAAUUGGAAGAGGAGCGGAAUGCCGCAUCGUCCGCUGCAAAUGAGGCAAUGUCUAUGAUAUUGAGGCUGCAGAGGGAGAAGGCAGAGAUCCAAUUGGAUGCACGACAAUUUAAGCGUUUUGCCGAGGAGAAAAUGGCACAUGACCAGCAGGAGCUUGUGACAUUGGAGGAUUUGUUGUAUAAAAGAGAGCAGGCUCUUCAGUCCUUCACUUGUGAGAUUCAGGCUUAUAAGCAUCGGAUGAUGAGUUAUGGGCUUACAGAGGCAGAGGCAGAGGGUGAGAAGAGUGGACUUAGCCGUAAUCUUAGCAUGGUUGAAAGCCUAGAUGCCCAAUUUGAUCUCCCUUCACACAAUUACCCCCCUCUGAAAUGCAAUUUAAAUGAGAACCCAGGUCCUUAUGAGGGUGAUAAUGAUGUUGCAGAUGUUGAGAAAUACGCAUUUGGGGAAACACCUCGUAAUAGGGAUCAUUUGAAGAAUUUGGAGCAUAGGAUCUAUCAAAUGGAGAGGAGUCCCAGUGGCAGUCAGCUCAGUGGAGAUUUUUAUGGUGGUAAGAAUGUCCUGGAAAAGGUGAUUGUUGGUCAUUCUCCAAGGCGUCCAAGACAUUCCAGGAGGUUUUCCAGUGACAGUUCUAAUUCAUUUUUGGUAAAAGAAACUGGUCCAGAUUUUUCCACUGAAUCUCCCAAGUUCGGCAGUAGCUUUAAAAAGACGGUGUAUGUUUCACAAACGGUGGAUUACUCAAAUUUGAGAAAGAUGGAUAAUGUAUCAGAAAAUGGAGAUGACAUGAGUGACAGGGUUUAUACAAUUGAUUCUGUCCAUAACGGGGCACCAUAUAAUGGUGUUGCAGAGCCCAAAGCUGGAGUUGGGGUUUAUGAAGACUAUGUUACCACUCCGAGAGAGUCAUUUGACCAGCCUGAUGUUAGUGAUCCUGAUAUCAAAAAGCUCUACAUGAGGCUUCAGGCACUUGAGGCUGACAGGGAAUCAAUGAGGCAGACACUUAUUUCAAUGCGGACUGACAAAGCGCAGUUGGUACUAUUGAAAGAAAUAGCUCAACAAUUGAGUAAGGAUAUGACACCAGCAAGACCAAUGGCUGUGAGAAAGCCGUCUAUUCUUGGAAGCUUCUCCUUCAUGUCAGUUUUCAAGUGGAUCGUUUCCUUUGUCUUCUGGAGGAAGAAAGCUCAUCGAAGCAAGUAUAUGUGUGGGCUGUCCGCCAGCAACGUUGGCUUGCUAAUGCUUUUAGACAAGGGUCCCAGAUUUCGUCAGUGGAGAUGUCUUUCAAGUACUCAAGUGUGAGACUGGUAGAAAAUCCGCAUCCAUUAAAAUGCUUAUGCUCAUAUGUGUGAAGGAGUGGGAUUUAUACGCACUUUUCUUGAGAAUUUUCCAUUAUUUUUUGAAUUCCCUGUUGCUGCGGAGUUGGGUGUUUUGUGCAGUGUUCUUCAGUUUGAUUUGAUUUGAUUGGAUAUGUAUUGGUUGGUUGAUCAGGGUAAUGUUGGUAGGCCGCGAGCAAAAGUUUGCUCAUGGAAUUCGACUAUUCGAGGUACCAUGUCUUCUGACAUUCCUCUCCUGUAAAAAAAUUGCAGAUUGUUGUAUGAUUCCCCAGUCAUAUAUAUGCAUUGUCUACUAUCUCCAAAAACUCAAGUUUCUUUUUUCUUUUUUUUCUCCAUGCCUAGUGCACCCAUAAUGAUCAAGUUAGGACUUUUACAGUCUAAA